AUGUCCUCCGCCACUACCUUUUAUGACUUCGAGCCUCUCGACAAGAAGGGCGCUCCCUACCCCCUCAAGUCGCUAAGCGGCAAAGUCGUCCUUGUCGUCAACACCGCCUCCAAGUGCGGUUUCACCCCCCAGUUCGAAGGCCUCGAGGCCCUGUACAAAAAGUUCAAGGCGUCGAACCCAGACGACUUUACCAUCAUCGGCUUCCCCUGUGGCCAAUUCGCCAACCAGGAACACAGCAAAGACGACGAGAUCCAAUCCUUCUGCCAGGUGAACUACGGCGUGACUUUCCCCGUGCUGGGCAAGACGGACGUGAACGGCGACAAAGCCGCGCCCGUCUUCACCUGGCUCAAGGAGCAGGUGCCCGGCGUUCUGGGCCUGAAGCGCGUGAAGUGGAACUUCGAGAAGUUCCUGGUCGGCGCGGACGGAAAGGUCGUGGACCGCUGGUCGAGUCUCACCAAGCCUGAGUCCUUGGAGCAGCCUAUCCGCGAGGCGCUCGAGAAGGGCAAGAAGCAAGGUAUCCUUGCGUCGCAGAAGAAGGCCGAGACUGGUGAGAGUGGCGAGGCUGGUGAGCAGGCUAAGCUGGCGUAA